GCUGAUGAGAUCGAUGGUACCGUGUCGUUAGUAUUUUACGGAAGACACUAUCGUCAAAUUUCACAUUAUCUCCGCUCUCUUCUAUUAGUACAGGAAAAAAAAAAAAAACAAAAGAAAAACCCUAACUUUGUUUUGUUAUCUCCGGAAACUGCCUAAUAACUGUCAUAAACCUGCUUUCUGUCGCUUCAAUUCGUCAAUUUCGAGGGCUUCGAUGGAGUGAAGCAGCGGAGACCGGUGGAGGGCCGUCGAAGAUCCAGGGCAAGAGACCCACGUUCAGUACCAAUGGCAUCUUCGGACAAAGAGCUCGAAGAGCAGCUCCUUGAAGCUGGAAAUAAGCUCACAGAUCUUCCGUCUUCUGUCGAGGAGCUUCUGCCCCUUCUAGAUCAAAUUGAGAGUUACCUAUCAAGGGUUGAACAGUCUCCUACGAAAUCUAUGCAAAAUGCACUCUCACCAUCACUGAAAGCAUUAAUUGCUGGUGAACUUUUGAGGCAUUCAGAUGAUGAUGUGAAAGUAGCAGUAGCCUCUUGCAUCACUGAAAUAACAAGGAUAACUGCACCUGAUGCUCCUUAUGACGAUGAUCAAAUGAAGGAGGUGUUUCAAUUAAUUGUAUCUUCAUUUGAAAAUCUAUAUGAUACAUCAAACCAAUCAUAUUCUAAGAGAACAUCCAUUAUUGAAACUGUUGCAAAGGUCAGAUCAUGUGUGGUGAUGCUUGAUCUUGAGUGUGACGCCCUGAUUGUAGAGAUGUUUCAGCAUUUCUUUAAGGCUGUAAGGGAACAUCAUCCAGAAAAUGUGUUAUCAUCAAUUGAGACUAUCAUGACCCUUGUUAUAGAGGAAAGUGAAGAGAUAUCUGUGGACCUGCUUUCUCCAAUCUUAGCCAGUGUGAAGAAAGACAAUGAGGAAUAUUUGCCAAAUGCUCAAAAUUUGGGGGAGAGGGUCCUGGAAAGUUGCGCGACAAAGCUUAAACCAUACUUAGUGGAAGCAGUGGCCACCUUGGGCAUUUCUUUAGAUGAUUAUAGUAAGGUACUUGCUUCUGUAUGUCAAGAGACAUCUGGUAGCUUGGAGCAAAAUGAUGCAUGUGCUUCCAGUGAAAAUGCAGCAGAUGAGGGAAAGUCAGUGAAAGCAACAUUGAAUGAGUCAAUGCAGGCGAUUGAGGAGGAUUCUAAAAAAGCUACUCCUUCUCAACAAGACACUGUUGUUGAUGGUAGGUCUUCUAAGUCUGUCACGAGCAAUGGCAUUGUACAGUCCAGUGAAGAUGACUUGUUGGCAGAUCCAAAGUCCCUAAAGAAGCAAGAAGAUGUAAAUAAUUCUGAUCACUCUAAAGGCAUGAAUAUAUCUAGUAAUGAGGAUCCCAACAAUGUCAACUCUAAAAAAGUUGACAAUACAGAACAAAAGCCUGAGCAAGCCACCAAGAGGAGAAGAAAGCAAUAUAAUUCUACAAAAUUGGCCGAACCUUCUGAGAGUUCAGCUGUUGCUCGGGACAGGGAUGCUGAGAAAAUGCUCGACUCUAAAAGUAACAAGAAGGAACUUUGUAGUUCACUUGAUGAAAACCAUUCCACUGAGGGAGUAGGACCUUCAGAGAAUGACAAGGAGAGUCAUGCUAAGAUUUCAUCACGAAAGGCUGGAAACAAUGAGUCUGAAGCCAUGGCUUCUCCUUCUCCUAGUCUAAGCCAUCCUGAUGAAAAUCAUUCCAAAAAAUCUGGAAGAAGAAAUAAGAAAGGAAGGCCGGCCAAAGAAGUUGCCAUUUCCUCUGAAGGUGUUGCCAAAAAGGUGUCAGAAGUAACAUGUGAUUCAGAUGCAAAACCUACCAAGCGGUCUGCCAAGAAGGCACCUGGUGAGCACUCUGAUGGGAGAAAAACUAAUGCAGUAGAUUCAGUUGAAAAAACAAGUGAGAGUACAAGUGGUUCAGAGGGCAAAAGGCGGUCAACUGAGAAAGAAGAUAGGACCAAUAGAGGUGUUGGAUCCUCUUUGAAGCACCUGAAGGAAAAUAAAAGGCAGAAGCAGGGCAAAGUCUCUGAUUUGGAUGUAGCAAAAUCUGCUAAUGAAGAAAAGGAAACAGUAUCUUCACCAAAGACAGGUACAAGAUUGAUCAAAGAUGAACAAUAUUUAGAGAAAACGCCCAAGAAGAAUUUGAAGAGGAAAUCUACUCCAGGAAAGGAUGAUAAGUCUGAUAUCAAGGUAUAUGGUGAAAAUCUUGUUGGUUCACGGGUUAAAGUUUGGUGGCCAGAAGAUCAUGAGUUUUACAGUGGUACCAUUGAGUCCUUUGAUUCUGCCAAAAAGAAGCACAAGGUUGCAUAUGAUGAUGGUGAUACAGAAAUAUUGAAUCUUAGAAGGGAAAGAUGGGAUUUUGUUCAGGACGGAGAUGGCCAUGCAAGCGCUGAUGAUUCAGCUGAUGUGCCCUCAAAUAGGAAGAGGAAAAAAAGUGCUAGUCAGUCAACUAAAGGAAGAAAUACGGAUACUCCUUCCAAGAGUGGAGGAUCUGCAUCCGGCAAAUCAAAGGGUGCAUCCACAAAGUCUGGCCAUAAGUUGAAAGAUGGCGGCAAGCUUGGUAGCAAAUCCAAAGAUUCCAAGAGUAUCCCCAAAUCGGAGGAUGGCGUUAGAAAAUCAAAGGAUCAUGCUUCAAGAAGUGGUUCCAAUAAACCUGCUGACGCUGUACCAAUGAUGACUGAAUCCAAUGACACUGACACUGACACUCCCAAGACCAGCAAAACAAAGAACGAUGAUGUUAUCAAGCCCAAAUUUUCUUCCAAGACCAAGCAAGAAAACCCGAAAAAACCCCAGAAAGAAACGUUAAAUUCACCUGCUUCUAAGGGGAGGCCCCCCAAAAAUGGGGGAAAGUCUAAUGUUAAUGUCUCUGGCAAGGCUAAAUCUGGUUCAUCGAAGACAAAAGAUGCGAAGAAUGAAUUCUCGGCGGAUUCAACAGAAAAGGUAGAUGACAUGAAGGGUAAGGCAUCAAGUUCAUCCAAGACGCAAGGAAGUGCUGCCAAGGCUGGAAAGAAGCGUCAAAGAGGCUAGAAAUCGAUAUCUACUCAUUGUGCAUUCUCUCGGAGCUUUUUGCUUGCUUGGCUUUUGCUGAUCAGUGCAAUAUUCCAUGCAGCUUUUCGGUAUUUCCUCCUGGCUUCUGGCCCUGUAAUUCAACCUAGGCCGUGUAUUACUUCAUUAGGCAUUUAUUGUUGUGGCAAAUCACUGAUUCCCACAAUGCUGCUAGCAUUAUCUAUAUAGUUAGGUGAGUAUGGUGGUAUUAGAGUUAGUAUCUAUCAAUUUUUGCCUCCUUGUUUCUAGGGAGACAUAAUUUGGAGGCGAUUUCCGAUGUGUUUGCAAUCAACCUAACUAGUGCUUUUGCAUAUAUGACAAGUGAACGAAACUUGGCGACUCUAUGUUAA